AUGCUGUUCUAUACACAACCACUUGUCGCUAGUGUGUUGCAACUGAUCACCAUCAAGUCUUCCAAACCGCAAAAAAAUACCCUUGUCCAAACUGUUUGUGCUUCCGUCUUAGGGCUAAUUCUCAGGAAGUUUAAUAGCAGGUUUACUGAGGAACACGACGAUUUGCAUCAAUUAUUUGUCGAUAAAUCGACCUGCUGUAGCACCUCACACGAACUAGAAACUAUAGCGUCCCACUUUAAAAUUCAUACCAACUUUACUAACACUUCGGUCAAAAUUAUCACAAAAAAGCAUUUUGGCAAUUUAAUAUUCCUGACAAAAAUCCAGGAUAUUCUGGGCCUUAUGAAGUUCAUUUACAAAUAUGAAACGGCAACUUGGAAAAACUCUAAAGAAAGUUAA